AUGAAAACUAAUUUUUUGUUGGUCGUCUUUGGACUGAUUGCUGAAAUGUACCUAUCAAAUGGAAUUGCAGAAAAAUCAGGAGUCGAGGUACCACAGAGCUUAGUGUUAAAUCUCUUCCCUUUCAAUGAUUCUGAUAAACAUUAUCCACAUAAUAGUACUCAAGAGUCGUCUAGAAAAAGCCCCUCACCAUUAGUCUCUUUGCACAAUUUCACAGAAAACAUUAACAAUUUUGGCUUCAAUCUCUACAGGAAAAUAGCACUGCAGCAUGACAACAAUAUCUUCUUCUCCCCACUGUCACUGUCUUUUGCUCUAGCAAUAUUCAUGUUGGCUUCAGAAGGGGAAACCUGCCACCAAAUAAGUCAAUCUCUAAAUCUGCCAUUUUUGAAAGAAAAAGAUGAAGAAUUUCUGACUUUGUUCCAACAACUAAGGCUUAACAUCACCCAAAAUGAAGAGUUCACUCUUUCACAGAAUAGCUUCUCCUUCAUCCAGGAAGAAUUUCAGAUCAAGAAUGCUUUCCAUAACUUGUCCAAACAAUACUUUGAUAUGGAAUUUUUGUCAGUUGAUUUCCGCAACUCUACUCUUGCCAAAAAAGUGGUCAAUGAGCACAUUAAAAAGAACACAAGAGGGGGAACCCCUACACUGUUUCAUGAUUUUGAUCAGCAUACUAAAAUCAUUCUGCUGAAUUACAUACUAUUUCAAGGCAAAUGGCUACAUCCAUUUUCUGCUAAACUUACAAAGCUGGAAACUUUUUAUAUAGAUAAUUACAGAACUGUCCAAGUGCCAAUGAUGUUCAAGACAGACAAAAUUGCUGCCAUAUUCGAUAAGACCUUGCAGUGUUAUGUGAUAAAGCUGCCAUACAAAGGAAGUGUGCAGAUGCUGAUUGUUAUGCCUGUGAAGGAAGCUGAUUAUAUGUUUGUUGAAGAUGAUUUAACCAAUGAACUUGUGGAAUCUUGGCUUAAGACCAUGAAGAUCAGGAAAAUGGAUAUUUACUUUCCAAGCUUCAAACUAGAUCAGACAUAUCACAUGGAUCAGUUGCUUCAGGAUUUGGGAAUUAAAGAUCUUUUCUCUUAUAAAGCAGACCUAAGCCAUCUCACAAAUCAUAAAUUCGUAAAAAUAUCACAGAUUCUUCAAAGAGCAAGCAUUGAGGUGGAUGAGAAAGGAACAGAAGCUGCAGCUGUCAGUGUAUCUGAAAUCAUGGCAUACUCUUUGCCUGAUACUAUCCGGCUAAAUCGGCCAUUUAUUUUUAUGAUAUAUGAAGAUAUUACCAAGAAUAUAUUAUUUUUGGGCAGAGUUACUAACCCUACAGAACUGUGA